AUGGAAAUAGACAGUCAACAAUUUCGAGAGUUUGGUAAGGCUGCAAUAGACAUCCUAGCAGACUAUUAUGAGUAUAUACGAGAAAGAAAUGUCUUACCGUCUGUGGAGCCAGGUCAGUUAAUUAGACAAAUGUCGGAAGACGCCCCAGAGCAACCGGGAGACUGGAAAGAUGUUUUGAAGGAUUUCAAUGAACUGAUUUUACCCGGUAUUACUCACUGGCAGUCUCCGCAAUUUCAUGCUUAUUAUCCAACUGGAGUUUCCUAUGCAAGCAUUAUUGGCAAUUUGCUGAGUGAUGGAAUUGGCAUUGUUGGAUUUACUUGGAUUGCAAGCCCUGCAUGUACUGAACUGGAAGUAGUAACAAUGAAUUGGCUAGGCAAAUUACUUGGUUUACCAGAAGAAUUUCUAAACUGUUCAGCAGGACCUGGCGGUGGAAUCAUACAGGGUUCCGCUAGUGAAGCUACGCUGGUGGGACUUUUAGCAGCUAAAGACAGAAUGAUCCGAAAACUCACUGAAGUAGAUCCUAACCUCGAUCCUGAUGACGUACAUAACAAGCUUAUCGCAUACACAUCAGACCAAUGUAAUUCUUCAGUUGAAAAGGCUGGAGUACUUGGAUCAAUAAAAAUGCGGUUAUUGAAAUCAGACGCAUUCGGUAAAUUACGUGGAGAAACAUUGAAAAAAGCAUUCGAUGAGGACAAAGCUAACGGACUUAUACCGUGCUAUGUUGUAGCAAACUUAGGUACUACUGGAACAUGUGCGUUUGAUCCUCUAUAUGAACUAGGCCCAAUAUGUAAUGAACAUAACGUAUGGCUACACGUUGACGCUGCAUACGCUGGAAGUGCUUUCAUUUGCCCCGAGUACCGAGGUUUUAUGAGAGGCGUAGAAUAUGCUGAUUCUUUUGAUACAAAUGCACACAAGUGGCUACUUGUUAACUUUGAUUGUUCAACUAUGUGGGUUAAGAACGGGUAUGAUUUAAUUAAUGCCUUUGAUGUGCAAAGAAUUUAUUUAGAUGACGUUAAGACGCGCUUAAAAAUCCCCGACUACAGACAUUGGCAGAUGCCACUAGGAAGAAGAUUUAGAUCACUAAAAUUAUGGACCGUAUUCAAAACUUAUGGUGCAGAAGGCAUAAGAAGUCAUAUUAGAAAUCAGAUAAGUCUGGCUCAAUACUUUGCGAAACUAGUUCAGUCUGAUGAUAGAUUUCUUAUUGAACCUGAACCAGCAUUGGGAUUAGUAUGCUUUAGACUUAAAAAUGGAGAUAAUUUAACAAAGAAAUUGCUUGAAAAUUUGACAGCAAAGAAGGAGGUAUUCAUGGUAGCUGCAAGUUAUCGUGGACGUUAUAUUAUUCGUUGGGUAAUUUGUUCACGACUUACAACUAAGGAGGAUAUUGAUUUUAGCUGGAAAAAAAUUAAGGAGGAAACUGACUUGAUUUGUUUGGAAAAAGUACACAAUAAAUCUAAAAUAUCAAAUAUUGGUAGCAUUGAAACUUUGAACGUCUGUGAAGAAAAAACUAAAUAA